UCAGUUCUUCUUGGUUCCUCGUCUUGGUUUUCAGACCCUCUAUUGUGGUAUUUGCCAAAAAUACAAAAAUGGCUCAAUUCAUUAACAGAGGGCAAACCGAAUUGAAAGCACCAGGCAGUGUGCGCGGAGCUUGAGAGAGAUCCACUGGAUGGUGCCACAUUAUACUAAAAAGGAAGGACUUGAAACAAAGACUACGUUAUAGCAUGGUUAUAGUGGUGCUAAAAAUAGAGUCCAGCGAUAAAAACAUAAAGAGAUAGCGCUUUGACCGACGACGAGAUCUGGCGAGUAAUUCGUAAUUCGUAUCGUACCACACGUUACAUAAAACAAUACCCAAUUGUUUUAGUAUCAUAGGUAGAAAAGACUUCCAUCAUGAAGAUGACCGAGGUGAAAGAUUGUCCUCUUCAAUUCCAAGAGUUUAUACCAGUUGAUCAUGAGAAGUCCUGUCCGAGAUACACUACAGUUUUACAACGAGAUGAAGAAGAAGGCAUUGUGAUGGAUGAAUUAGAUACACUUCAACUUGAACUGGAAACCUUGUUGGCUGCUGUAUCUAAACGUAUGCUGCAACUAGAAACAGAAAAUAAAACACUAGUGGAUUGGCUGGACAGACGUGACAAGAAAGGAGUUCUCACACCAUCACCAGCAAGUGGAAAAGGAAAACCACAGAAAGAUGAUUCCUCAACACCAUCUGGCAAAAGAAGUCGUGUUGAUGAGAAAGCUGAGAAACCUGAGAAACCUCCUAAGAAGAUGAAAGAGUCUGGAGGCAAACAAGGUGCAAUGGCAGCAACCACUACACCAACAACUCCAUCUGCUCCAUCAGGAAGACCCAAGGCAAAGAGUAUGCAUCAAAAACUGCAGGAAUAUGAAUUCACUGACGAUCCCCUGGCUGAGCCUGUACCACCACGCAUUCCUCGUAACGAUGCACCAGAUAGAUUCUGGACAUCAUUGGAACCAUACUGUGCAGAUAUCUCAAGUGAUGAUAUUAAAGUAUUAGACGAUAUGCUCAAGACGUCAGAUGAUGAUAUGGACUACUUCAAGAUUCCACCAUUGGGCAAACACUAUGCUCUCAGAUGGGCUCAAGAAGACCUGUUAGAAGAACAAAGAGAAGGAAACAAAAUUGGUGAGAAGAAGAAGAGCUCGUUGAACAGUGCAAACAGUAAAGAGGCAAAAGCACUACUCAAUAAAGCAGAGAGUCGUGAAGAGGACAUCUGUCCGUUUGGUCCUCUGACGCAACGUCUUAUAUCAGCACUAGUAGAAGAGAACAUUAUGACACCUGUUGAAGACAUCAUCUCAGAAACAAACCUAAAGGGAGAUGGUAGUGAAGUGAAAGACGUUUCUUCUCCCAAGAAUGGCAAUCGAUUCACUGUUCCUCAUACAAGAGCCUUAGAAGCAAGGUUGAGAGAAGAACUACUUCAUCUUGGUCUAUUAGAUGCUGAUGAUCCUGUCACAGAUGACACUGAUGAUGAAAUCUUAGUGGAGCUUGAGAAAAGACAAGCUGAAUUACGAGCUCUGUCUGCACAUAAUCGCAGCCAGAAGAUGAGAUUAUAUAGACUAGCCAAAGAAGAAUUAAAACGCCAAGAACUAAGACAAAAAAUGAGAGCUUGUGAUAAUGAGACCAUGGAUGCAUUUCGUCGUAUUAUGGCUGCACGGCAAAAGAAGCGCUCCCCAACGAAAAAAGAAAAAGACCAAGCUUGGAAAACUAUCAAGGAAAGGGAGGGACUUGUAAAACAGUUGGAUACAAUGUGAACUUGAAAGUACAAUCGCUGUCUGUACCAACAAUCAACAACGUGAACUUCAAGUGACAAUCACUACCUGUACCAACAAUGUGAAGAUGAAGUGGUGUACAAACCCCCAUCAAAGCACAUACUGGUCUUCAUCUUGGCACAUUGGUUGUGGCUGCAUGAAUCACAAGGAAAUAUGGUAUACUGGUAUUGAACUAUUGGGACAGCCUCUCAUAAGCCUCAUUUGUAGAGCAAAAUGACAAAGGCAAUUCCAAGUUCAUUUUUGUUUGGAGGAAACAAAUUGUUGCAAAGUGAGUGCAUGCACUAUAGAAUGUACAGGCAAAGUGAGUGCAUGCACUAUAGAAUGUACAGGCAAAGUGAGUGCAUGCACUAUAGAAUGUACAGGCAAAGUGAGUGCAUGCACUAUAGAAUGUACAGGCAAAGUGAGUGCAUGCACUAUAGAAUGUACAGGCAAAUGAUUAACAUUCCGGUAUUCUGAGUGUACUCAAAAGCUAUUUUACUUGACUUCCGGUCGUGUAUACAAACAAGUUGUGCAUGCAGACAUCAUCUGGGCCCAAAUUCAAAAAGCUUGUAAGCACAAUCUCUUGCUAAGCACAAACACACUUUUGCAAAUAGGUAACCAGUCAGAAUACCAUUAAGUUCGAUGGUUGAUUUCGAGACCUGAAGUUAUAUAAAUCUAAGGUCUCGGAAUCAAAUUCAUGCAAAAUUACUUCUUU